GUAUUGUGAAGUAGAGAAUCGGUUCCAAUAUAUUAUCCGAAAUGAUUUUGUAUUUUGUUUGAUUCUGCAACAUAUUUUUUGGAAUCACACACUCUGCAAAUCUGACUUUUCUUGUUCUCUUUCUCUAUCCCCUAAUCUAAAAGUUAUCAACGAAGAAGAGAACUUGCACACGAAAAACUUCCCCGGGAAUAUUCCAGAAAAAUGUGCGACCCCGCCGAUGAUGAUACCGCCAGAAACGGCGUCACGCCUCCAGCGUCGUCAAGGAGGUCAAGGGAGAUUCUGAUGGACGUGGAUGACUUGGAUCUCGACGGUUCAUGGCCUCUCGAUCAGAUCCCUUUCUUAUCCUCAGCCAAUCGCAUGAUUUCGCCGAUUUUCGUCUCCUCCUCCUCCGAGCAGCCUUGCUCGCCUCUCUGGGCGUUCUCCGACGGUGGAGUUAACGGUAACCACGGUGGAUACGACGGCGAGAAGAUUAGCUCCGCCUCCGGUGUUUCUUCUUUCCGUCUCGCCGAUUAUCCUCUCUUUCUCCCUUACGCUUCUUCUUCAUCAGUAGCUGAAACCACAACAGAGAAGCAUAGCAGUUUCCAGUUUCCUUCUCCGUUGAUGAGCUUGGUCCCGUCAGAGAACGCUGACAACUACUGCGUGAUCAAAGAGAGGAUGACUCAGGCGCUUCGGUACUUCAAAGAAUCAACCGAACAGCACGUCUUGGCUCAGGUCUGGGCUCCUGUGAGAAAGAAUGGUCGUGAUUUGCUGACGACUUUGGGUCAACCUUUUGUUCUUAAUCCUAACGGUAACGGGCUUAAUCAAUACAGGAUGAUCUCUCUCACCUAUAUGUUUUCUGUGGAUAGUGAUUGUGACGUUGAGCUCGGGCUCCCCGGUCGGGUUUUCCGCCAGAAGUUGCCUGAGUGGACGCCAAAUGUUCAGUACUAUUCCAGCAAAGAGUUCUCCCGGCUUGACCACGCCUUGCAUUAUAACGUGCGUGGUACACUGGCUUUGCCUGUGUUUAAUCCCUCGGGUGAGUCAUGCAUUGGUGUUGUGGAACUUAUCAUGACCUCAGAGAAGAUUCACUAUGCACCCGAAGUGGAUAAAGUUUGCAAAGCCCUUGAGGCGGUAAAUCUGAAAAGCUCGGAAAUACUUGAUCACCAAACAACUCAGAUAUGCAAUGAGAGUCGCCAGAACGCACUUGCAGAGAUUCUGGAAGUGUUGACAGUCGUAUGCGAGACCCAUAACUUGCCUCUGGCUCAGACUUGGGUUCCAUGCCAGCACGGGAGCGUUCUUGCCAAUGGUGGCGGUCUAAAGAAAAACUGCACCAGUUUCGACGGUAGCUGUAUGGGCCAAAUCUGCAUGUCCACUACCGACAUGGCCUGCUAUGUCGUGGAUGCUCAUGUCUGGGGAUUCAGAGAUGCCUGCCUUGAACACCAUCUCCAGAAAGGACAGGGCGUUGCUGGACGAGCUUUUCUCAACGGUGGCUCGUGUUUCUGCAGAGACAUCACCAAGUUCUGCAAAACGCAGUAUCCGCUGGUCCAUUAUGCGCUUAUGUUCAAGUUAACCAGUUGUUUUGCAAUUUCUCUCCAGAGCUCUUACACAGGCGACGACAGUUACAUUCUUGAAUUCUUUCUUCCCUCGACUAUAACAGACGACCAAGAGCAAGAUUCUCUACUGGGAUCUCUGUUGGUGACAAUGAAAGAACAUUUUCAGAGUCUGAGGGUUGCAUCUGGGGUUGACUUCGGUGAAGAUGACGACAAAUUGUCUUUCGAGAUCAUCCAAGCAUUACCGGACAAGAAGGUUCAUUCAAAAAUAGAAUCCAUUCGAGUUCCCUUUUCUGGUUUCAAGUCAAACGCGACAGAGAGGCUGUUGAUGCCUCAGCCUGCGGCUCAGUCUUCUAAUCCAGCAAACGAGAAUGUCAACGUGGCCACUGCUAAUGGUGUGGUUAAGGAGAAGAAGAAAACAGAAAAAAAGCGUGGGAAGGCUGAGAAAACAAUCAGUCUGGAUGUACUUCAGCAAUAUUUCACUGGAAGUCUCAAAGACGCUGCAAAGAGCCUAGGAGUUUGUCCGACAACAAUGAAGCGAAUUUGCAGACAACACGGCAUCUCGCGGUGGCCAUCGAGGAAGAUCAAGAAAGUGAAUCGCUCAAUCACAAAGCUGAAACGCGUCAUAGAAUCUGUUCAAGGUACUGAUGGAGGCCUCGACCUGACUUCCAUGGCCGUUAGUUCCAUCCCUUGGACAAACGGCCAAACAGUACUAAACUCACCCAGCGGUUCCAAGCCGCCAGAGCUACCAAACACUAAUCAUUCACCUAACCACUGGUCAAGUGAUCACAGUCCUCAAGAGCCAAAUGGUUCGCCUGAGUUACCAAGCAAUGGUCAUAAGCGGUCACGAACGGGGGAUGAGAGUGCUGGGACACCAACCUCUCACGGCUCAUGUGACGGUAACCAAUUAGAUGAAACAAAGGUCCCGAACCAAGAUCCGCUAUUCACGGUCGGUGCAUCCCCAGGACUCUGUUUUCCUCCAUAUUCUCGAGAUCAUGAUGUAUCCGCCGCAUCAUUUGCAAUACCGAACAGACUUCUUGGUAACAUAGACCAUUCCAGAGGAAUGCCCAUCGAAGACGCUGGAAGUUCAAAGGAUCUGAGGAACCUCUGCUCCUCUACACCAUUCGACGAUAAGUUUCCGGAAUCAAACUGGAUGAACAAUGAUAACAACAGCAACAACAACAUGUACGCUCCGGCAAAGGAAGAGGCUGUUGCAAAUACUACACGCGAACCAUCAGGCUCAGAAAUGAGAACGGUGACCAUCAAAGCAAGCUACAAAGAAGACAUAAUACGGUUCAAGAUAUCAUCUGGUUCGGGUAUAAUGGAACUGAAAGAUGAAGUGGCGAAGAGGCUGAAACUUGACGCAGGUACGUUUGAUAUCAAGUAUCUGGACGAUGAUAAUGAAUGGGUUUUGAUAGCUUGUGAUGUUGAUCUUCAAGAAUGUCUAGACAUCCCUAGAUCAUCCCGUACUAAUAUCGUAAGGCUCCUGGUCCAUGAUGUAACAACGAACCUGGGGAGCUCUUGUGAGAGCACCGGAGAAUUGUAACUCCUUUGUAAAUAGUUCUUUUUUUGGAAUAUUUUUAUUGUUUAGGGUUGUUUGUUUUAUUCUGUAAUAUUGUUCUUGGGUUGAGGAACAAGCAAGAAUGUUAUUGGGGGGGACAAAAGUGUAAGAAAAACAUUUGUUUGUAACUUGUAAUUGUAAGUGGGAGAGUGAGGUUAGAAGUAAAUUGUAGUUGUAAACUAACUCCAAGCAUGUUUUUGUAUUUUAGUUUUGAAAUUGUAAACAUGAAUCACAUCUAUACUAUUAAAGGAGAAUACUUCUUAUGAA